AUGUCUCCAGAACCCAACUCCCCUCGAUACCAUUUUUCUCAAGCAGGAAAGACUUUGGAUCAUGUUGAUGCCCACGUCCAAGUCAUUUGCAGGAUUCGACCUCUAAGUCCACAAGAAGAAGAGAGCGGGGAUACAAGUGUAGUUAAUGUUCUGGAUGACCACACAGUGUCCGUGAACAAUAAAGGUAAUGAGCAACGCUUUCAAUUCGAUAGAGCUUGCGGACCUGAGACCACACAGCAGGCAUUUUACGACAUUGUCACGGAAGAAAUGCUACGAAACUUUUUUCUUGGUUUCAAUGGAACAAUAUUGGCUUAUGGGCAGACUGGUGCUGGAAAAUCUCAUACUAUGUUUGGUUCAAGCUCGGAUCAGGGGAUCAUUCCUCGUAUAUCCCAUAGCAUUUUUUCUCACAUUACAGAAGGUCCAUCCGAUGUGGAAUAUACUGUCAGCAUUUCCUUGAUGGAAAUCUACAAAGAGCAAAUCAAGGACUUAUUAAAACCCGGUAACAAAGGGAAAGAAUGUACUGUCCAUGAAGAUAAGGUUAAUGGGGUGUUUGUUAAAGGCCUAUCUCAUGCAUUUGUCUCCUCUGCAAAUGAAAUGAAUGAGGUGGUUCAUCAAGGUAGCAAAAGACGGACCGUGUCAUCGACAUUAAUGAAUGUCGAAUCAUCAAGAUCCCAUUCGCUUAUUCAAAUUGUGUUGAGUCAGAAGAACAUAGAUAAAGGGUCCAUAACAAAAAGCACAUUAUUUCUAGUUGACUUGGCUGGUUCCGAAAAGGUUGACAAAACAGGUGCAUUAGGGCUAUCAUUAGAAGAAGCAAAAAAGAUCAACCUUUCUUUAUCUGUGUUGAGUCUUGUGAUAAAUAGUCUCAGCGAUUCAAAACUGACGCACGUUCCUUAUCGUGACUCGAAGCUCACAAGAAUUUUGCAGGAAUCCUUAGGAGGAAACUCACGAACUACUCUUAUCACUAAUUGUUCUCCCGCACUGUCAUGCGUACUGGAAACCAUUUCAACAUUAAGAUUCGGAAACCGAGCAAAGAAGAUCAAAAACUCUCUUCAUGUUAAUACAGAACUAAGUGUGGACCAACUCAAAAGCGAGAGUGGCUUUCCUCGAAAGAUUGAAUAA